AUCUCACUUCACCCCUUUCUCCCUCCCUAAUCUCCUCCACCUCUCUAACCAACACAUCCCUCUGUUCUGUUCCACUCUCUCAUAUAUAUUAUUCUUCCCACCAACUCAAUUAACCCCUCACAUUUCCAUUAACGAAUCUCUCUCUCACUCUUUCUCUCUCUCCGAGUAUUAAGAUAGGCCUCUGGAAAAGAGAAAUCUGUUUUCUCUCUUAAUGCAAAACUGAGCACUCUGUUUUCUCCUGUUUUACUCCGUUUUCCUUGACGGAGAGAGUUAAGAGGGGAUUAUAACAGAUUUGGAGGAGCACCCAGCAAAUGGAGACGCCCGGGGAGUCGCCGGGGGCCGGACGAUCCUCUGCCUCGGCCCUGUCACCCUGGCCGUCAUCAUCGCCGUCGUCCUUCUCCUCCAGCUCGGAUUCUUCUUCGUCUUGCGGAGUGACUGUCGUUCCUGUUUCGUGCUCGACGAAUGAGGCGGGGCUGAAGGUCGGCGAGACCUGUCCAGUUCGUGAGUUCCUCCUCGACGGAGGCUCAGGGAGCUUCAUUAUCGAGAAGCUGCGGUUCCUCGACUCCAGCUGCGGGAGGGAGUGGAAGCAGGUCGAGGACCGGUUCGACCGGAUCAUCCUCAAUAGGAACCGGGGUGAACCCGCAGUGAAGUGGUCGGAAUUUAGCUACUGCGUAGGGAUGCAGAAAUCACCAGAAUUUGCUAAAGAGCUGCUGAGGGCACUGAGGGGGAGAAGCGAGCUGAAAUCUGACAUCACCAAAACAGAGCUUCAUGAUUUCUGGUGUCGUAUGACCGAUUCUUGCUAUUAUUCCAGAAUUCAGAUUUUCUUCGACAUGUGCGAUAGAGAUAUGGAUGGAAGUAUCGAUGAGUUGGAUAUUAAGCAGAUGAUAUUAUUAAGUGCAUCUACGAACAAAUUGUCACUAACGCACGAGGAAGUGGAGGAGUAUGCAGCGCUGAUCAUGGAUGUUCUUGAUACCGACGAACUCGGUUAUAUAGACCUGCCGCAAGUGGAAACACUCCUCAAAAUAGGCCUAUCAAAGGACCAGUCCCUGGCCACAGCUCCUCACUCGAUGACCUCCCACCGACACGAUCGUUUGGGGUUUGGCCCAUCUGGCCCGAACCGGAAUCCCAUGUUGCGGGGCGAAGCCCUGCUCCGGGCCAACUGGAGGCGCGUGUGGUUUGUCCUGCUCUGGCUCAUCGUGUGCCUCGUGCUCUUCACGUGGAAGUUCAUCCAGUACCGUCAAAGAGCGGCAUUCGAGGUCAUGGGCUACUGCGUCUGCACCGCCAAGGGGGCCGCCGAGACGCUGAAGUUCAACAUGGCCGUUAUUCUCCUCCCGGUAUGCCGGAACACUGUUACAUGGCUCCGCACCAGCCAUCCGAUCAACUCUGUGAUACCUUUCAAUGACAACAUCAACUUCCACAAGCUAGUAGCCAGUGGGAUAGUGAUUGGAGUGAUACUACACGGUGGGAUCCACCUCGUGUGCGACUUCCCAAGAAUAAGCGGGUCCGAUUGGUCUAUCUUCAGGCAGACGAUUGGUGCCAGGUUUCAGUACCACCAACCCUCCUACAUCGAUAUCUUGGCCACCAUUGAGGUCGCCUCGGGCAUCACCAUGGUAAUCUUGAUGGCAGUCGCCUUCUCCCUGGCCACUAAGUGGCCACGCCGCCAAUCCUCACCGCUCCCAAGGUCGGUCCGUCGGGUCACAGGCUACAACACUUUCUGGUACUCCCACCAUCUCUUUGUGUUUGUGUACGCCCUCCUGAUCGUGCACUCCAUGUUCCUCUUCCUCACCAACAAUGUAUAUGAGAAGACGACAUGGAUGUAUAUAGCCUUUCCAGUGCUGCUAUAUACAGGGGAGAGGAUCUUCCGAGCAGUAAGGUCAGGAUUUUAUAACGUCAAGAUCCUAAGGGCUAGUACUUACCCUGGAAAGGUUUUGUUCCUAUCAUUCAGCAAACCCGACGGCUUUGUGUACAGGAGUGGAAUGAGUAUAUAUGUUCAAUGUCCUCAAAUUUCUCCAUUUGAAUGGCACCCUUUUUCCUUAACUUCGGGUCCGAAUGAGGAUCACCUGAGUGUACAUAUAAGAAGUCUAGGAGAUUGGAGUUAUGAUUUGUACAGCAUCUUCCAAGAGGCUUUACUUUCUAGGGCUAACAAGUACCCAAAACUAUACAUUGACGGGCCCUAUGGAGCUGCCUCACAGGACUAUGUCAAGUAUGACAUCGUAGUGCUCAUUGGUCUCGGGAUCGGAGCCACCCCUUUCCUCAGCAUUCUCAAGGAUGUCAUGCACAAGAUGGACUCCGAGAUCGAUACUGGCGAAUAUAGGCACACAAAGGGUCCAUCAAAGGCCUACUUAUUCUGGGUUACAAGAGAGCAUAGCUCCUUUGCCUGGUUCCAAGAUUUCAUCCGAGAUGUAUCCAAAAAGACCAGCCAAAAUCAGUGGGCUGUGGAGAUGCACAACUUCCUGACAUGCAUGUACAAGGAAGAUGAUGCUCGAGCAGCAUUGCUGAGCGCCAUUCAAGUCCUCUAUCACGCCAAGAGGGGCACCGACAUAAUCUCAAAGACUCCAGUUAGGACUCAUUUCGCCCGACCAAACUGGUUCCGCAUCUUCUUGAAGCUGUCGAGAAGGCACAGAGGAGCGAGGAUCGGUGUUUUCUACUGCGGCGCGUCGGGUUUGGCAAGGGAGCUGGAGAGCCUGUGCACCAAAUUCUCUACCAAAACUGCUACAAGAUUUGUAUUCCAUAAAGAGCAUUAUUGAUUAAGAGUUGGGAUUCGAUGGCUUCCUUUAGGAAUUUUGGUUGGACUAGUUCCAUAGGGGAGGGAAAAUGCAACAACUCUAAGCUUUUAGGCUACAAAGGAGGAGUUGGAGGACAAGACGGCUUUGUUUGUCUCGAUAAUUCCAAUUGUAUACUGCUACACAAAGUGUACAGCUACCUUGUACUCAUCGAACUUCUCCAAUGAUCGUAAUUCCGUACAUAGCCAUUGGUUGGAACAUUAUAAUACCCUACAUAGUUAUUGAUC